UGAGAUUGGCAGCGGGUCAUGCCCCGACUACUACUACUACUACUACUACUACUACUACUACAGCUUGGCGAUCUACGGUGUGCAAGUGAUCUUGGUGAUCAACGGUGUACAAGGGAGCCGGGGUUAUGAUCAUAUCUACGUCAAUUCCUCGGUCUUUGUUGAAGUCAGGGGGCCGAAGACGCCUGCCCAUCGACAUUCACUCACUGACUCCCUAGUACCUAGUACACUAUGAGACCGCUAAAUCUCCAUCCUGUUCAGUGUUCACGACCCUUGCUCUCUUCGUGAUUAAUUGAUUGAUAUGAAUAUUUAUAUUUAUUUAUUUAUUUAUUCUUGACUCCAGGGAUCGCUCUCCCGUCCCUCCGUCCUGCCCGCUUUUGUGACACUUACAUCCACCCCCCUCUUUGCAACGAGCCCCGACUUUCUCUCGUCGUCAUUGACUCGAUGAUCUAAGGACUCCUCCUUCAUUGGCCCGGCCUCCCACCUCUCUCUCCUUCUGUGACAUUUCCCUCUCUCCUUCCGCCUCAACCAGCACAUGAUUGGUGCCCACUGCCCACAACAACAUAGUCCAUUGUCCAGAGUUUGUCGUCCUUCUGUGUCCUAUAUCUUUCCGCUUGAGGUUCGUGCUCAAUCAUUGGUCGACGUUGGCUAUGUAUGUCCUGCUCACUCCCCUGCUCUUUUUGUUGUUUGUCUGCGACAUCGGCCCUUUUGCUUAACUGCCCCUCACUGCUGUCAUUCGUUGAUUGAUUGAUUGACUGAUUGAUUGAUUGAUUGAUUGAUUGAUUGAUUGAUUGAUGCUGUCCGUAUACGACAGCACGAGAGGGCCCCAGUCCUGAGUCCUGAUUGCAGAGUGAGCCAGAUUUUGCCACCUCAAGCGGCCCGUUUCCAUCCUGCACACAAUCCGGCGGCCCGUUUCCAUCCUCUGCUCGCCUCUCUCACGGCGGGUGGGGGGCGGCAGUCGUUGUUCGCUCUGCUAUACACGGGACCCCACUUCAUCGCGACGAGUACCGUCGUUGAUUUUCGUGCUGAAGAAGUGACCAACCGGAUUCGUACGUAUCGGUGCGAGCACUGCGCGUCCUCCAAUCGUGCGAGUAAGAAGAGGGAUUCGCAUUCACAGCGACAGGACAGCUUCACCGGCGAGGUGUUAGAUGAUGCCGACAACAAAAAAAGUAGCUGCAUGUAGGAAGGUGAUACUCGAGGCGUGAGGUGCAAUACCGGGAUCGGAUGUCCUGCUGCGGCCUUCUCACGGACCGACCGACUUCUCCGCACUUGAGGGGAAAGGUUUCGUUACUCAAUCACAGCAGAAGGCAGCAGCGUGAGCAUCUAUCUGGCAGCCAAUCGUCACAGCAGACCAAGUGUCACGUGGCCCGCACUUCGCCCGUACACUUUGUAGCACUUUGUACACCUCGCAGCGAAUCGUCACCGUCACGUGGCCCGCAGCUUGAUGAACGGCCCGGUGUGAUCGAGCGUCGCUCAUUUGUUGUGCGAACGUGUGGGAAGCAACGUAAGCGCAGAUCGAUUCUGCGGGGGCGCGAUCCAAGGCAAGCUGCUGAGCACUGAGGAGGGCUAUGAGGGAGCAGCAGCAGAGCAGGGAGGGAAGUUCUGAGUUCUGUCGCAACAAGUCGAGGAUCUCCUCCGCUCACGUCAACGUGCCGCUCCUCACAACCUCUCCAUCCCCAGCUACAGCGGCCCUGGUCCGCUUUUGCCUGGGGUCUGAGUGUGGCUCCCACUAGCCUCCUAGGUGUCAGCUAGUGACGUGACGCUUUCGUGCAGGUGCUCGACACGCUGCUGAGGACAGUGAGGAGGAGAGAUCUCUAGGCAUACCACUACCGGUAGGUGGGGACCACCACCUUCACUGGUCCGUGUGAGGCGGCGGGCGGAGUUGCGAAGGCGUGUACUACCGGUAGGCCCGUGCGGGAUGGGAGUGCAAUUGAAUGACUGCAAUAAAUUAUGUAAUCUGACUGUCAUGCUAGUGCUGAGCGCCUACUAGAGAUCAUCAUUCAUACGUUGAGGCUGUUGAACGCCUGCUAGACAUCAUCAGCAGAUGUAUAUGUAAGUGAGGAAGGAAGGACGGAGGCGUUGGUGGUUCAUCGCAUCGCCCUUGUCGACACUGGGGAGGACACGUCAGGCAGGGAGUGGAGUGGGUGUUUGGGGGGGCACAAUUCGGGAAGCAGCACCGGUGUGUUGAGCCGCGAUGGGUGCCAGCUCGCAUGCAGGCCGAAGACUGGGCCAUCACCCCCACCGCAGAAGGCGGAAUUGGAGGCACCCAGCGAUAUUGCAAGGGGGCGAUACCGUUCACCUGGCCAACGGCAACGCCGCAGAGCAUGCUGCCACGAACAAUGACGGCGGCAGCCGGCCGAAGGAUGUCGCAUACUCUACCUCUGUGAAAUCCGCAGGCACGGCCGUGAAGCGGAACUCGGAGACGCCCUUGGAUAGCCUUCGCAUGCAGUCCGCGGCGGUCGGGUCCGCGGUAGACGCUGGGGGCAAGCUGAGCACGAACACUGCCGCUGCAGGCGCGGCAGGUGCUGCGGGGGGGAAGGGUGGGGGUGGCUCGGAUGUGAAGGCAGGGUCACAGGCGACAGGAGGGGGAGGGGGAGGGAAAGGGGAAGCAGGUGACCUUGACCUUGAAUCUGGUCGGUGGACGGCGCAGUCGUUCUCAAGUGGGCGGCUUUCGGCGGGCCGAGAGGUCGCCCCUAGGGAUCCGCACGACUGGCUGAGCUCGCAUCACAAUCCGGAGUCUCCGCUCAACAGCGCACCGAGCACGGGUCCCAACACUCCCAAGGGACAGGAGGUCAUCGAGAGCAGCUGGCAUCACUGGAACGUCGAGCCGACGUCUCAAACCGACCUGGUGACCAGUGGGCGAGACCACGAUGAUCAUCACGAACAAGGGCCAUCAGGCGGCCGCGGAAAAGGGGACCCACUACUCGGUGGUUCUGGCAAGAAGGCGGACGAGGGGAGUCGUUGGCGGAGGUAUUGGCACCGGAUUGGGAGUGCAAAGACCAAGAAGGUUCGACAAGUGACCUGCAUUUCCCUCGUCAUCGCGUGUAUAGCGUCGUGGUGGGGGACCAUCUAUUUGGUGGGAGGAGAGAGCGCUGAGCCCAAUGGUGAGGUCUUUGCCACCAUCUCGCUGCUGCUGGUGGCGUACGCGGCGGGCGAAAUGACCUAUCGCGUGUUCGGUAUCCACCCUCUCCUCGGUAGCAUCGCCGGAGGGUUCAUUCUGAGAUACGUGCCCGGCGUGCACGCCGGAGACACCCUGUCUCGAGAAUUGACAGGGCAUAUCCGAAAUUUGGCGCUUGUGAUCAUCUUGUUGCGUGCAGGGUUAAGCCUCGAUGUCCAGUCCCUGGUCAAGAUACCGGAACUGUGCAUGGUGUCCCCCACUGUGCCGCUUAUGGUGGAAGCGAGUGUUGCGGCGGCGCUCAUGGCUUGGUUGCUGAACUUCAGCUGGACGUGGGCCUUCAUGGCCGGCUUCGUAGUGUCUGCUGUGUCGCCCGGCGUCGUGGUGCCCAUCUUGCUCCCGCUCGCCGAGAAGGGCUAUGGUGUGGAUGCCGGCAUUCCGUCGCUGGUUCUUGCUGUGGCCGCCUUGUGCGACGUCCUGGCCCUCGUGGGCUUCUCUGCAUUUGAAGAAGCGACGUUCGAGGGCGGCGCAGCUUCAAUGAGCGUCGCACAUGUGUGCUCUGAACUGAUCCUGGGCACGCUGGGCGGCCUGCUGGCUGGCGCACUGAUCACCUUCUUGGUACCUCGAGGGACCAUCGUGGAGCCCGACACAGACGUCGCCAGCCUGAAGAAAACCGUCGCCCACGACGAGAUAGAUGGUCGAUCCAUCGCUACCAAGAGGACCGUCCUGUUGGUUGGCAUGGGAUUCAUCACGUACUACACUUUCAAGCAUCAUCACUAUACGGGAGCUGCAGCUAUGGCUGCGUUUGUAAUGGGCAUCCCUCCCGCCCAGGGUUGGGGUCGGCGGAGGACCGGCAGAACGCAAACUCAGAUAGCCAGAGUCUGGAUCUAUGUUGCCCAGCCGCUACUUUUUGGGGUCAUCGGAGCCAGAUUAGAUGUUAGCAUGGUGACCCGUACUUUGCUUUGGAAAGAACUCGUUGUCUUGCUUGUCGCGGGGGCAACUCGUUGGGUGGCAACAGUUCUCGUUACCUCUGUAGGCCAUCUCAACCUCAAUGAGAGGAUGUUCAUUGCCAGCGCUUGGGUAUCAAAAGCCACAGUUCAGGCAGCGAUCGGCCCCACACCGCUACAGCAAGCGCGUGCCAAAGGCGAUCCCAUGGAAAUAGCCAACGGUGAGAAAGUGCUUGUGCUCGCCACCUUAGCUAUUCUUCUCGCUGCUCCCACUGGAGCCAUUCUUUCCAGGGUCUUAGGCCCCAAGCUCCUCACAAAGGGUGAUCCAAAGAACGUUGACCUAGCAGGCCAUUGAUCCCUCCUCGAUACUCUCUCUCUCUCUCUCUCGCUCGCUUGCUCGCUCACCUACAUUCAUGGCUGGCAAGCGCAGGCAAGAGCAGGGGAAGACAGAUAGGAAGAGAGAGAUGCUCAGAUGUUGACCACCUACUAACCCGUCCAUCCAUGCGGAGCAGUCCAGUUUCCUUGUUCAGGCUUGUUGAACUGCAAUCGCGUGGCUCAUGAGCAGAGGAGCUCCGCAGAUUGAUACGCACACACACACACACACACACACACAGUGUCACACACACACACACACACACACACACACACACACACACACACAAAAUAAAUGUAUGGAGAGAGAGAGAGAGAGAGAGAGAGAGAGAGAGAGAGAGAGAGAGAGAGAGAGAGAGAGAGAGAGAGAGAGAGAGAGAGAAUAAGUUUCGAGAGCGAAUCUCUUCGUCCAAGGGGGAGUCGGCGAUGAGUAUUGGAUCGCAGACAACAUUUCCCGAUGUAGUCGAUGAAGUUUUGGCAGCUCCUCUUUUUCUCUCCCGGCUACGCUUCCUCAUCACCUGUUUAGCACAGGGUGGGGGUGGUUAAUUAUCGGGAUGGCCUCUUCAUUACUUUACAGUGCACAAGCUGAGCUGAUAGACAAGUCAGCUGGUUACUAGGUUCAGUACAUGCAAGGAGAAAUUGGAGAAUCUUUCCUUGCCUACUUGUUUUACAAAAUUUUAUGAACUGCUAGAGAUCUCUCUAAGGCUCCAGAGAGGAAGGGUUGGAUUAAUGAAUGCGCACGUGCAAG